CUCAACUAAAUUCAUUCAAUAUUUAAGUCAAUAUUGUUAUUUUUACCUUCUUAAUCGCAACAGCGUCUCAAUAGUUUACUAAACUAAGUAACAUUCAUAUCAGUUGCUGAAGCAAGGACGUAUUACAUGAGCUAUUUUUUCUUGGUCUUAAGGUGAAUCUGGAAAGAUGACUGAUAAACGUAGUAAAGUAGAUUUGAGUGGUCAAUCUGGAAUUGAUUUUUCAAAAUUGUUUUAUGAAACAAUGGAUAAAAAACGACAUCUGGUAUCUAACUUGUAUUUGGACACGGCUACGCUUGUUUGGAAUGGAAAUCCUUAUGUGGGAAAGGAAAAUAUUAACAAAUUUUAUGAAACACUUCCAGUAAGUUCUACUGAUAUCAGAUCAGUAGAUGCUCAGCCAAUACUAGAUGAAUAUGUCCAAGGCCAAACUACUGUACUAGUUUCUGUGUCUGGUAUUGUAAAAUUCACUGGCAGGUCAUCAACUUUGUAUUCUGAAUCUUUCCUCCUCACUGCACAGCAAGGCUCAUCUGGAAAUGUGUGGAAAAUUGUUUCAGAUUGCUUCAGAUUUCAUGAAACUCUCAGCUAGAACUUACAUUUUUAUUGUAUUCAUACUUUGUAAAUAUGUGAAUAAAAACUUUUAAAUUUCUAAAA